AUGGCAUUUUACAGUCGCAACCACAGCCAACUGUCUGCGGAUCAGCUUCGCCACUCUGACUCUGACUCCGACUCCCGCUACCACCACGGAUGGGCUGGCUCGUCCUCCUCAAGCUACUACAACGAGCCAACGACAUCUGAUCCUCGCUACCAUGCCUUUGGUAGCUACUAUGCCAGCAAGUCAGCCUCAAACUGCAACCACCCCUACAGAUCUGGGGACUACAAUGAGUCUCAGCAAUCAGAGGGCCAUCACCACAUGUGGCAGUCUCAGGAACACAGUGGCGCACCACCUUCUUCUUCCUCAGUGGCCACUUCAAGCCCUCCCAACUUGCAAGAUGACUCCUACGGCUGGAUGAACUCGGCCGAUGGCAGUGAGCCAAAUCUGUGCCACUGCGGCAAGACAUUCCGACGUCCCUCUGACCUCGCAAAACACCAAAAGUACCACAUGAAAUACUUCUCAUGUCUCGCCUCAGGAUGCGACAAGUCUUUUGCCACUCAGAAAGAUCUGAUCAGGCACACGCGCACACAUCGCAAAGGCGAGGGCUACCAAUGCAAGGUAGAAGGAUGCCGCAAGGCCAUGUCAGGCCAUGUGUACUCACGGAAAGACAACUUCGAUCGGCAUAUGCGGACGGCACAUCCAGACCAUCCGCAAAUUUGA